UUGUGAAGCGCGGCUGCCGCGGCCGCCAUCUUCCGGUCGGUUGCUGUGAUGGAGACGCGGCGCUUCGGAUUAAACUUUCCGUUUUAAAUUCAGAAAAUCCUCUGAAACUGAAAAUAAAUCCUCUGAAGUAAAGCUGUACAAUCACACAAUGCUUUUAAAUUCACGGCAGAACUGAAGGCGCGGGAUCAGAGAGCAGGCCGUCACCAUGACAACCACGGGGCUGCGCAUCGGAGAUCAGCUGGUGCUGGAGGAAGACUAUGAUGAGAGCUACAUCCCUUCAGAGCAAGAGAUCCACGAGUACGCCAUCGAGAUCGGUAUCGACCCGGAGCGUGAGCCCGAGCUGCUGUGGCUGGCCAGAGAGGGGAUGGUGGCGCCGCUUCCAGCCGAGUGGAAACCAUGUCAGGACGUCACCGGUGAGGUGUACUACUUCAACUUCUCCUCGGGUCAGUCCACCUGGGAUCAUCCGUGUGAUGAACACUACCGCCAGCUGGUGGAGCAGGAGCGCGAGCGCAACCAGCACGCCAGAGCCGCUCCGACCGCCGUGAAGAGAGACAAGGAGAAGAAGAAGAAGAAGGACAAGAAAGACAAGAAGAAAAAAAUGCAGGAAGUCAAAGUUCCAGGGCUGUUGGCUCCUCUCGCUCCUCUCCGCGGUCUGUCUGAGGCUCCUGUCGCUCCUCUCAGAGGAUCUCUGGGCGCCUCGUCUGGACUCCAGCUGCUCAAAACGUCUCUCGGUGCUGGCGUGUCGAGCUCUGCUGCUUCCAGGAGCGUUCAUGAGGAGAGGAGCGCUGAGGAAGACGAGGAGGUCUCUGAGGAAGAGGUGAGGCCGCGGGAUUCAGCCGGACUCCUGCAGAACCUCCAUCUGGAUCUGGACGCUCUGGGAGCAGGGCUGCAGUACGAGGACAGUGAGGUCAGUGUGACGGUUCCUCCUGAAGAAAGAACAGAACCUGAACUACAGGAUUUGGCCCUGUCGAGGGAUCACAGUCCAGAGGCGCCUUCAGAGGACUCGCUGUGUGGACGUCACCUCCAUUCCACAGCAGCUUCACGACCUCUGACCCCGGAUGCUGCGGCGUUCAGCGGCCAAGAGGAAGACGAGCAGAUGAGCGAAGAGGAGAACGCACAGAUCAGAGAUGAAGAGACCGAGAACGAUGAGGAUAUCGAAGAGCCGAUUGAGAGAUCCAGCAGUCCUGAGGAGAAACAGAAGGACCGGACGGAGGAGAGAACUGAAGAAGAGAGAAAAGAUGAAGAAAACGGAGAAGAUGGGAAUGGACAGAUCGGAGACGAAGAGACCGAGAACAGAGAGAGCGAGGAGGUCGAUGAACAGAUCGAGAGAUUCAACAGUCCUGAGGAGGAGGAGAGGAACCAGAUGGAAGAGAAAAAAGAAGAGAGAGAUCAGACUGAGGGUAAAGAUGAUGGAAACAUGGAAGAAGAGAACAGAGACGAAGAGACGGAGAACCAAAAACACAGACAAGAAGAGAUUGAUGAAGUUGAUGAACAGAUUGAGAGAUUCAACAGUCCUGAAGAGAAGGAGACAACAGAAGAAGAAGAAAGGAAAGAAAGCAUAGAAGAGAACGGACAGAUCAGAGAUGAAGAGAUGCACAACACAGAGAGCGAGGAGAGUGAUGAACAGAUCGAGAGAUUCAAGAGUCCUGAGGAGGAGGAGAAGAACGCGAUGGAGGAGAGAACAGGAGGAGGAGAUCCGACAGAAAGCAAAGAUGAUGGAAACAUGGAAGAAGAGAUGAUUGAAAGAGAAGAACAGGCUGAAACACACAACGGAGAAGCAGAGGCUGUCAGAAGUGUUUCCUCUGAGGAGGAGGAGAAAGAGAGGCUUUCAGAGCAUCAGGAGAGUGAGGCAGAGGAGGAUAAACGUGAGGAAGAGCAGAGAGAGACUGAAGGACUCGUCUCGGAGGCUCAGAGCGACGGCUUUCAGAGUAACAGCUCUCGCCUUCAAGUAACUCGCGUUAAAGCAGGGAAGUUUGUGCCUCAGUGGAGUCCAGUGUCCAGUGAGGAGUCUGAGGACGGUGAAGCAGCAGCGUCGCUCUCAUCCGCUGAUAAUGUGCAGGCUGGUUUCCGCUCCAAACUCUCAGAGAAUGUGUUUGAUCUGCUGGAUCUGUCACCUGCAGUGGACAGGAAGGAAGCCGAGGGCGAGGCAGAUGUGGACAGCUGUGUGGAUGUCUCUGACUCUGCAGACAGGCAUGUGUCGCGUGAUGAAGAAGAGAAGAAGAGACAAGAAGAGAGGGAGGAAGAGGAGAAGAGAAAGCAUGAGGAAGAGGAGAAGGAGGAAGAGGAGAAGAGAAAGCGUGAGGAACAGGAGAGGAAGAGGCUGGAGGACGCAGAGAGACAGAUGGAGGAGGAGAGGAGCAGACUGAUGGAGGAGACGCAGGGGAGACUGCAGCUGCUCAGAGACGCUCUGAUGGAGGACGAGGAGCGCCGGAUGAAGGAGGAGAGCGCUGAGCUGCUCCGGGUCCUGAAGGAGCAGAUGCUCAAACAGAGACGAGACGAGGAGGAGCGACUGAACAACGACAUGCACACACAACUACAACAGCUCAGGCUUGAGAAUGAGGUGAAGCUGCAGGAGCUGUGCUCAGAGCUGGAGGCGGAGCAGGAGAGGGCGGAGACUCGGAGGAGGCGGGACCUCGAGCGCCUGAGGGAGGAGUCAGAGGAGGAGCUCCGGGCUGAGAGGAGGCGGCUACAAGAGAAGUGCGCUUCUACCACAAUACUAACAGUGCUGUUUAUUGAUCAUCAUCAGGCAUCAGAUCUGAGGAAGAGGAGACAGCAGCUGUGUGAGGAAGAGGAGGACGCUCAGAGAGGAUUACAGUCUCUCCCGCAGCUGCUGAAGGAGCGGGAUGAGCUGCGUGAGGAGCUGCAGAGGAUGAGAGCAGAUCUGCAAAGAGAGAGACAGGAGCGAGAGCGACAGAGAGAGGAGAACAGCAGGAUGAUGGAGGAGCGACGGGAGCUGGAGGCCAGAGUCACGCUUCUGCAGGAGCGAUGUGAGCAGCUGACCUCCAGAGUCAGUGAACUGGAGCAGAGGAGCAGAGCGGAGCGAGAACAGCAGCAGGACGGAGCAGAGGACGAGCAGAAGAAGAGCAAGAGAAAGACAGAGAACGGUCUGCGUUUGGAGGAUCUGGAGGCUCCGCUGCUGCGGUCAGACGCCAGCGACACCAGCGUAGACGACGUGAGGCAGUACAUGUGGAAUGAGAGCGUGUCUCUCUUCAGGGCUCGUCAGUUUCUGGAGCGGCAGAGCGCUCACAUGUUUGACAGACAGGCAGCGCUGCGGACGGCUCACAGCAGUCUGAAGGACCCCACGCCUGGGAGCUCAACACAACAGCAGCUCUACCACAACCUGCAGCAG